AAAUGGCCGGAGUUUGGGUGUUUAACAAUGGUGUAUAUCGGCUCGAAAGUAAUUCCCGGACUCGGGUUCUGGUGCACUUGCCAUCGGAUGAAGUCGUGUCGUCGUACUCGUCGUUGGAUCGCAUCUUGAGGGGUUUAGGGUGGGAGAGGUAUUACGGGGGUGACCCUGACCUCUACCAGUUCCACAAGCACUCCUCCAUUGAUCUCAUUUCUCUCCCUAAAGAUUUCUCCAAGUUCUCCUCCGUUCACAUGUACGAUAUCGUCGUUAAGAACCCCAACGUCUUCCACGUACGUGACAUGUGACUGCGACCGUCGAUCUACUCGAUCACCAUCAUAGAUCUCUCUAUAUGUAUAUAUGUGUCACGGAGCAUUACCACUCCCUUUUAUCUUUUUCUUUCUUCUUCCCUUCUCCGCUCAGGUGCGUUUAGGGCAUUUUCAUGGUUUGUAUAAUACUUUAUGUUUAGGGUUUCAGUGAUUUGCUUGCCAUGGUGGUUGCACGUGGGUUACAAGAAAGCUGCCUGCCAAUGCA